CCCACUGGCUUCCCCUCAGCUCCUCGGGAUCCCCGUGGCAGAGAUACCCAGGCAUGUCGGGCUCUGAGGAGGUCGCUGAAGAAUACGAGCAGGAGCAGGAAGAGGAGUAUGUAGAAGAAGGUCAGGAAGAACAGGGAGAGGAGGCAGAGGAGGAGACUGAAGAAACCAAAGAGGAGACUGAAGACACCAAGGCAGGAGAACAAGAAGAUGAAACGAAAGCACCAGCAGAAGGUGGAGAGGGGGAACGGGAGCAGGAGCCUGGGGAAGGUGAAGCGAAGCCAAAACCCAAGCUCUUCAUGCCAAACCUGGUGCCUCCCAAAAUCCCAGAUGGUGAGAGACUGGAUUUUGAUGACAUCCACCGCAAGCGCAUGGAGAAGGACCUGAACGAGCUGCAGGCCCUCAUCGAGGCUCACUUUGAGAGCAGGAAGAAGGAGGAAGAGGAACUCAUCUCCCUCAAGGACAGGAUUGAAAAGAGGCGAGCGGAGAGGGCAGAGCAGCAGCGGAUCCGCAGCGAGCGGGAGAAGGAGCGCCAGGCACGCCUGGCCGAAGAAAGAGCUCGGAAAGAGGAGGAGGAGGCCAGGAAGAAGGCUGAGGAGGAAGAGAGGAAGAAGAAAGCUUUCUCCAACAUGUUGCAUUUUGGAGGCUACAUGCAGAAGUCAGAGAAAAAGGGUGGAAAGAAGCAAACAGAGCGGGAAAAGAAGAAGAAAAUCCUCAGCGAGCGACGGAAGCCCCUGAACAUUGAGCACCUGAGUGAAGAAAAACUGAGGGAGAAGGCCAAGGAGCUGUGGCAAACCAUCUGGGACCUGGAGGCUGAGAAGUUUGACCUGCAGGAAAAGUUCAAGCGUCAGAAGUACGAGAUCAAUGUUCUCCGAAACCGUGUUAGUGACCACCAGAAAGUCAAAGGGUCAAAGGGUGCCCGUGGGAAGACCAUGGUGGGUGGCAGGUGGAAAUAGAUGGCUCAGGAAGCAAAGGAUGCUGGGGAAGGUCUGUUGCUGCCUUUUGGUCGAGCACUUGUCUCCCCCAGGUCGUGGAGCCUGCACCAAACACCCACCACCCUCCCACCACACUGGGCUUGCUAAGACCUUGCUGCAGGCACAGUGCUUUCUGGGUGGGCAGUUGCUUCACAAGGUACCUUUCCACAUCUCCAUGCCCCCCAUUGAUGAUGUGUCUGUAAAUAAAGAGAAUGGUGAGGGGUGUGGAUGUUGUCUCCAUCCCAAGCCCAGAGGAAAGGGGCACACGA